AACGCCGGGCAUCGAACCGGUCGCUCAUCACACCGAGUUCGAAGCGUGCUCCCAGACUGUUCACUCUAUCAUUCCCGGAAAAUCACGAGUUAUCAAAUUCGGUUCACCUCAUACCCGAAUAAAAAAUAAAAAUAUCAAUUUCCAUUUUUGGGGAAAACAAUUGAGAUUUAUUUUAAUUGUUGUGUCAUCUGCGACGAUUCAGUUUUGUUACACACACCGCAGUUCGCUGGUGAUAAAGGGGCUUCUGACAGCGUGUUUCACGAAGGCUGACGUGCAUUCGCAUCGUCCAGUCGUGCUUCAACGGUUUACGACACUCCGGGAGGAGUAACUCAGCGCAAAGUGAAGUAGCGUGUGUCGUAGUUUGAGAAAUAAAUUGAGAAAAAUUGAGCAGGCAUCAGUUGACAUCGGGAUAUCCUUGAAUUUAAAAUCACAGGCGAUCGAUUGCAGGCAUAAUCGACACGUGUGCAGUGAUUUUGAAGAGAGAGAGCAUCAAGAGUGACUUUAUAUAUCGAUGCAAUCAACGUGAGUCACGUGCGAUAAGCACAAGCGAGGAACGGAACCAGCGGCGGAAGCAUCACAACGAUCACAAAUCGCUGGUGAUACUACUGUCGCGUUUAGUUACCGCUGCGAGAACGAGGCCGAGGAGGCGAAGGAGAAAAAGAAGGAAGAGGUCAGGCAAUUCGGCCGUGAUUACCGGAGUUUGUGGACAAAGGCAGGGAGCGAGAUCGGGCCCGGAUGCUCGCAAGGACAAGACGUCGGAAGUGCUGCCACGUUGGAAGGGAAAAUCUUGACAGUCGUCAACAAAUUUCUGACAAUAUCCCCUUUGGUUAACAAGGUUAAACUACUUAUGACACGUAAAGACACAGAGGGUGGGAGUGGGGGGGAGGAGGAGUUGGUGGAUGGUGGUUCAUCGAGGGCGUCGGUGAGCGACGUUCCUUGGCCGGAUGUCCGAAAGCCGUCGGUGACGAAUGAGGGGAACAAGUUGACGGGGGUAAGGCAGCAGCAUUUGCCCAGCAAUCAGAGACGACAGAGUGACAUUGGGAGUGAUAUGGCGGAGGGUAAUAAACAGCUGUGCGCGAGAAGAAGAGGUGAUGAGUGUAGUUUUGGUGAGACUAUUCAAGUUACGUGUGAAACGGCAUGCGAUUCGUCAAUUGCUGUGGGUAAUGCAUCGGCGUUAUCAGGGGGUAUGGCUUCGGGCUCAUCCUCUGGUGGACAAACUCGCUUGACUACUAGUUUGCUGUUUGAACUGCCGGAUGCCCGCAGGGGUUCCACCACUUGUUUCGACGAGAGAAUGCCAUCAAUUAGUAAAGCACAAAUGAAAGAAUUCGAAGAAGCUUUCAAUCUCUUCGACAAGGACAGAGACGGAAGUAUCACGAAGGAAGAGCUUGGGAGAGUAAUGCGUGGUUUAGGACAAUUCGCAAGAACAGAGGAACUUCGCACCAUGUUAGAAGAGAUUGACACUGAUGGUGAUGGAAACGUCAGUUUGGUGGAAUUCGUAAAAAUCGUCAGCAAUAUUGGAAAUGCCAGUGCAGCACAGCAGACAAACCUCAGCCAAGAGGAGCAAGAAGAGCAGGAGCUCCGCGAUGCAUUUCGG